ACAAGGCAACGAAUAUGUUCUAUAGAUAUCACCCUCCAGAAAGACUCCCCAAGUAGCAAAAUCAAUAGUAAACACACCACUAGACAAAGACAGGGUAAAGGGCACCGAUAAGAAAAAGAAAACCGGAAAAAGCUGCUCUUGAAGUGGACCCGUGACGCUCGUGGAACUUGGAAUAGCAUAUCCUAUUACCCUAUCCAUUUCAUCUCCUCGAAAACAUCGACAGUCGGUCUGAGACGGAAGACCAAGUACAUUCCUUUAUCAACGAUAAAAUGAGAUAGAUGCUUAACGCACAGAGAUUGAUAUCACAGCAGCCAGCGGAAAGCGUCCAUGUUUGGUGGCAAAGGCAUGGGAGGUAGAAGCGGAGGAAGCAUGUUAAGGACAGUUGGAAGAGCAGUUGCUACUGCAAGAACUACUGGUGUGGCUGCUGGCGCUGCUCUCCAGGAACCCAUUUCUUCCUCCAGCAACACUCCCCAUACUUCUACAUCUCCCACUUCUAGGCCUACCCACAAACCCAGUUCCUCAAGUCAGCUUUCUCUCUCUUCCACUUCACCUUUUGCUUCCCACAAUGUUCCCAUCUCUGCAACUUCCGGGAUACCCACUUGGCCUCCUCCUCUGUCUCAGAGUGAUGAGCUUGACUGGGUUUCUGUCGAUGGGAGCGAAGAUAAGCGACCCCAUGGGUAUUUUGAUGAUUUUGUUCUCGGCCCUGUUCCUUCCAUGGAAGAAGUCCAGGACGCUGUUUCUGCUCUCCAACAGGUUUUUGACCCUGCCUCAUACUGCGAGGUCGUUCCUUCUGUGGACAAUGGUGUGGCAGAUCAAGUUACAACUCCUACUGGGUCGGAGUUAGACUGGGUGGAACCCUCUUUGCAUCUAUGCAAUUCUAGGAUUUUGCAACCUCAGGGAUCCAAUGGAGUUUACGAUGCUUUGCAUUUAUUGCAGACCGAGCCAUCUGUUCAGAGAAUGGUCAUAUCAUUGUCAUCAGAUAAAUUAGUUUGGGAUGCGGUUUUGAAUAAUGAGGCGGUGCGGGAGCUCAGGGAGUCGUACUCUGCAGUUGAAAACAAGGAACUCCAGAGUCCAGAUGAGAGUUCUGAGGACUCCAAUGAAGUGGCGAAUGUAUUAAGGUGGAUAUUUGACAACACAAAGGCAAAGGUCAUGGAAGUGAUCGAGAACAUCACAAAGCUUAUGAACGAAUUAUUUCAGUCUCCCGAUAAUCAGAAGACAACAGCAGGAGCCACCGAUCCUUUCAAGGAAAAGCUAAAGACUUCAUUCAUGUUAUCUGUUGUGGUGAUGUUGGUAGUGGUGGUGUCUCGAGCUCACAAGGCUUGAUGGUAUAGAAUUUGACGACAUGACAGGAGGAGUGGGUGUUUCCCGCUCCGCUGGAUGAGAGCUCCGCUCUUUCAUUGCUUUUUAUGUUUACAAUGCAUUUCAGUUGGCAUUAGACCAUGGGGAUGUAAAGUUAGCCUCUUUUUUUGUCUUUGUAUCUUGAAUUUAGUUUUAGGCUCAAAUUACUUGGUGACGUCCUCGAGCAGGUCUUUUCUGCUUUGGAUAUAAAUAUCACAAGUUUCAGUUUGUUGCGCAA